ACUAUAUUUUAUACUUGCACACUUUUUAAUUUUAAAUAUAUAUUAGUUAUAACAUAAGUCGUCAUUUGUAUUAAGUAAAUCAUUUAAUUUCAGUAGCUCCUAUAUAAAGCAGAUAAUAAUUUCUUAUAAAAUAACAAAAACUGAUUAUUGGAUUGCCAUGGUAUUCAUAAAAAGUUUGAUAAGCUGCACAUUUGUAAUAAUGUUUCAUGAAUUCAAUUCUAUGGCCAAUUCAAGGGAAGAUUUAAUACAAGAGGCGACUUAUAAAAUCAAAUUGACAAAUAUUUUGUUAGAAAAAGCAAAUAAUAAUAAAGAUUUAAAAAAUCAGUUCAUUAUGGCUCUAAAUUAUUUUACACAGUACAAUAAAGAACAUAAUAAUAAUUUGUUCAAAGGUACAUGGGCGAAAUUCAUUUUUCCAUGUAGAGGAAAUCGACUUCCAUAUGAAACAGAUGAACAUCUUAACGAUAGAUUGAAACAUGAGAAAAUGCUUCAAGAUCAUUUAUUCACAAAAUUAAAUAAAGAAGGCCUUCCUGAGAUUGAUGUUUCAAAAUUAUCCUACAAUGACGAAAUAGAAAAACGGUUCGCUUUAAUUAAGGCGUUAGUAGAAGACAUGCUUGAAAAAGAAUAUAACGAAACAAAAUUAUGCGUAAACCGUUCCGUUGUGAAAUGUGCAUUGAAAGCUUAUCUUGACUACAUAAAGAAUCCACUUAUUUUAGAACAAUUUGCCUAUUGUGAGAAUAGUGUAUGCACUGUCGAUCAGUAUGCAUUGGAAAAUGAUGAUGAUGAAAUUUAUGACUCCAAUUAUCAUAACCUCCUUAAAAAAUACACAAUUCACGAUUCUAAUAAACAUGAAGAUCCUAAUAAAGCCACGUCUUCAAAAUGAUAUAAUAAUUUUUUUAAAAGAGCUAAAUAAAUUCAUAUAGCACUUCCACUACUCAACUUGAUAUUAUAAAAUAAAGACGUUAACUAUAAAAUAUGUUAUUAUGCUUAAUUAAUGUCGUAUUUCAUUAUCUAUUAAAUUGAUUUUAAAACUAUAA